AUGCAGCAGUCUGGAAUUCCUACAAAAACUCAUCAGAAAGGAUAUGUGGCCCGGCAUACGGACACAGUCGUCUACCCGACUUUUCAGAUCAAAACGUUUAGUACAGAGUUGAAAAACCAUGUGAUGGUCAUGGAUUUUGUGAAGAGGAACUGGUUUCCCUCCCAGAGAAGAGCCAAAGUUUGUAUCAUUCAUAUGUAUCAAGGCCUGAAGACAGCUGAGCAGACAGCCAGCAGAUAUGAGAUCCACAGUCGGCUCUUCUCGUCCCCGAGAGAUCACUCUGCCUGGGAAAGAAAGGAGAGUCUUUCAAAGGCAGGAUUACGGGACAGCCAGUACAGUCCCCACGAUCAAAUUGCCCUUAAAAGCCUCCAGUCUGAUGUUCCAGAGAGGAGAUCUGACUUCACUGAGGGGACUCUGGCAUCUCAGAAUACAAAGAUGAUUUCAUCCAUAGUCAUUUCACAGCUGAUUGAUGAGAAUAAAUCAAAAGAAAAUGGGGCCGCGUUGCCUAUGCCGUGUGCAUGUCCCAUGAAGCCGUCUCUGGCUAAUCGCAGCAGAGUCACCAUUAACAGGGCCCCCGAGUUCCUUCCUGGAGGACUGGGAAUUCAGACCCCGGCGGGGGAGCCAGGACUCAAGACUAAGCCACCGCCCAAGGAGGAGAAGCCAUGCAGUGGCUCCCAGAAGGGUUUUGCAUCCAUCACCAUCACGGCCAGGCGUGUGGGUGCCCCUGCCAGCACCCUGGUGUGGGAGGCUGUUGGGGACCCGCUCUGCGUCAAGUGCAGGGCCCGGGACGCCCUGCUUGGGGACCCCUCUGCUCUGGCCGGCAGGGCCGAUCCAAGUCAGCAGCACGGACCUUUCACUUGUACAGAGUUCUCCAGAAACAGCUGCGUGAUGGGGCUGAAGGUCCCUGAGGCCCAUUCACAGCUGUGUGAGCGACAUGGGUACUGGAUCACCAACGUGGACCACGGGGAGGAUCAUUUUUCUCCAGGCACCUCGCGGUCACGGGCAGGAAAGAGCCCGCUGUUGUUCAGCUCGUGUGUCCAUCUCAGGGUGUCCCAGUCGUGUCCCAAUCCCAUCUACUAUCUGGACAGGUCCCUGUCUGUCCCUGUGGAGCCACCUCGGCUUGCUGGCCCGAAGACGCACAGAUCCGUCCUGUCCCUCAACCUGAGCUGCAGUGCACACAGGCUGACACCAGAUGGCGGAGACGACACAGAGAUCAGAGAGCCUAGACGCGGAGCCCUGAGGCCCGCGCUCCGGGAGGGAGACCAGGACCUCCUUGGCCCACGCUGGAACCUGGGUUUGCAAGGAAGUUUCUCGAAGGAAAACCCAUCGUUGGGGCAGGUGCAUUUCGGGAACUUGGGGACUGGCAGGUGUCCUUGGAGAGGCUCUCCUCCUUUGGAAAAUGCAGAGGUGGGAACUAACCAGAUCACCAUGAGAAAACGGAAGGAGAACCAGGCGGCUCAUUGUCCCACCCGUGGUCACGAUCAGGCCCACCAACUGUCCAUUCACAUCCCGGGCUGGAGUUACACGGCAGUAGAACCAAACGUAUUUUCUGGAAGCAGCGAGAAGCAACAAGAAGGAGCACGUGAGAUCGUGUCUGCUCCCCCAGUGGAAUGGAAGCUGGUUAGAGACCCCCUUCCUGAUGGUUCUAGCUCUCCAAGCAACAGCUCUCAGUCUAGUGACCUCUCUGAACCCACAGAGAGUCAGCAGCAGCGCCUCCCCAAACCCAGGGCCCCUUUGCCAGGGUUCCUUUGCCCCUUCCAAGAUCUGUGCGCAUCUCCGCAGGAGGAACACGGUGCUCAGAUAGAAAGACAGGCCCCGGAAGGGGAUUACACAUGCUGUGACUUGGUUGUUAAAAUAAAGGAAUGCAAGGAGAGUGAGCACCCUAUCAACCCCGAGUCCGAGCCAGCACCGCCCGAACCAGCGCCCCCCGAGGACCCAGCGACCCACGUCCUGCCAGAAGACUGUUCCGAGAGCCAGCAAGGGCCCGAAAGCUCCCUGACCUUGCAGGAGGCCCUGGAAGUCCGCAAGCCUCAGUUCAUUUCUCGCUCGCAAGAACGUCUGAAGAAGCUUGAGCAUAUGGUCCAGCAGAGAAAAGCCCAGCAGAAGGAGAGCCUGGCUCCGAAGCAGAGUCUCCUUCCCGUCCGCGCCAACAAGAAGCAGUUCACCGUCCCCCAUCCUCUCAGCGAUAACUUGUUCAAGCCCAAAGAAAGGUACAUUUCAGAGAAGGAGAUGCACAUGCGAUCUAAAAGAAUCUAUAAUAACUUGCCGGAAGUGAGGAAGAAAAAAGAGGAGCAAAAGAAAAGGGUGAUCUUACAGAGUAACAGACUCCGGGCCGAGGUCUUCAAAAAGCAAUUACUGGACCAGCUCCUUCAAAGGAACGCGGUCUAA